CGUAAUUGUAAAUGGAGCAAAUGGAGAUACCACUGAGGAUGAGGCACUCUAUGUGUCUUCAGAGUCAGUAGUACAGUGAUAUCUGAGCGCUUACACAACAGCAAUUUAUUGAUUUCAAUUAAUCUUAUCAGCGUCGAGAGGCAUCUUUGGGCAUCGCAAUUACCAGUUUCGCAAUGGCUUUCGAGGGGAAGGUUGUUUUAAUCACCGGAGCAUCGUCAGGAAUUGGUGCGGGAACGGCAGAGCUGUUCGCCAAGGAGGGCGCUCGACUCGCCAUCUCGGGUCGCAAUGAGGAGCGCCUCCGGGAGACUCUGGGCAAGUGUAAAUCGCCCACUUCUGGACGUAGUCAUGUGAUUAUCAAGGGAGAUGUCACGAAUGAAGAGGAUGCCAAGAAGAUUAUCAACAAUACCAUCGCGCAUUUCGGUCAGCUGGAUGUUCUGGUCAACAAUGCUGGGAUUCUGGAGAGCGGAUCUAUUGAGGAGACCUCUCUGGAGCAGUACGACAGAAUUAUGAACACCAAUGUCAGGUCUCUUUACCACUUGACAAUGCUCGCUGUGCCCCACUUGGUGAAGACAAAGGGCAACAUUGUGAACGUGUCGAGUGUUGCUGGCACUCGCUCUUUCCCCAAUGUUCUGGCCUAUUGCAUGUCCAAGAGCGCGGUGGACCAAUUUACUAAGUGCACAGCUCUCGACUUGGCGCCGAAGCAAAUCCGCGUUAAUGCUGUUAAUCCUGGCGUCAUCAUCACGGACAUUCACAAGCGCGGCGGAAUGGACGAUAAGACCUACGAGGAGUUCCUGGAGCGCGGCAAGGGCACCCACGCCCUGGGACGAGUUGGUACAGUUGAUGAGGUGGCAGAAGGCAUAGCCUUUUUGGCCAGCGAUAAGGCGUCCUUUAUCACAGGCUCCAACUUGCCAGUUUGCGGUGGACGUCACGUUAUGUGCCCCAGAUAGAUUCAUGCUUCGCUGCAUAAA